AGAAUAGUGCACCGUCCUGUGACGUUAACUGAUUCCAGGCUACGGAUGUUGUAGAUUACCUGGCCUACUAUGUCACCCUCAGAAUUGCCACGUCACCAACAGUGUCGACCAAAACCAUCAUGUGGUUUUUCUUCAUGCGUCAAGCUCGCAAUAACUGUCACAGCGCUACAAUGCGUCCAGCGUGGCCUUGUUUCGCUCGAUUCAAGCGCUGGUAUCGAGCGUCUCUUGCGUAAGUGGGCGAGUCUGGAGGUCCUCUUCUUCAGCCACGACGGCAGCCCUAUAUUGACCCCGUUCAAAGAGCGGCUUGCUAUUCGCUAUCUCCUGACUCAUACAAGUGGUCUUCCUACAACUUCCUCUUCACACUACUGCAAUGGCGGCAACCACCGGGUGGGGAGUGACAGUUGAUGCGCAGUUCAGUCGAAAAGUGUUUCGUACACUCACUCGUCUUCGAGCCCGGCUCAGUGUUUCCAUACGGCCCUAGUCUCGACGUUGCUGGACUGAUGGUUGCUCGUGCCAAUGAAUGCACCCUGGCGUCGUACAUGCGGCAGAA